CCUAUCUCUCUCUCUCUCUCUUUCUAAUUAGCAGCACACAAAGUUUAUAUAUUUGUAUGAAAUCGAAGUUUCAUUGAUUCUUGAGCUGUUUCGAUAUUUUCUUAGAUCCGUUUCUCAUGGGGAUUGUAAUGAUUCAUUCUCGUGAGAGUGCAUGUAUUUAAGAACCGUUAUUUACUGUAUUAUUCAUCUUUUGAAUUUGCAGGAAAAGCGUGAGGAAGAAGAAACUAGCCUCCACACCUUUCUUCUGCUCUGUUUUUAUUUUUAUUUUCUUGCUAAAACAACAAUGGGCGUGAAAGUAGCAACGACCUCAACCUUCCAUCACUUGGUGUCUCAAACCCUAGUUUCCUCCGCCGUUUCUUCUCCUUCAAAACGACGUAGCUUCGGACACGAGGGACGGUCUCUCUCCUGCCGCUCCCUCAUGCAGAGCCCUCCUCCUUCUUCACCUCUCUUCGGCUCUCUCCGCCACUCCAAGUCGUCAUGCGAGCUCUUGAAAUCAUCGACACCGACCAAAACUCAGCUCAUUCGAAGAGCUUUCACCGGAAGCGUCGACCCUUUCUCCGAGGAAGAGUUCUCCAAAAAGAUGCAAGAGCUGUCUCUCAAGUUCCAAUCCCCCAACGAAGAGGAAAACAGUUUCGGUCUAGACAGAUCAUCCACUUCGGUGGAACCCCCGUGGCCCGAGAUGGUGCAAAUGUCUUCCAUCGAGAGGAAAGCGAACAGCGUCGACCUCCCCAUCUCGCUCCGCAUCAUAAAGAGAAAGCUACGGAUGGAGGAAGGAGUUGUUAUGAAACAAGUCGGUGAAUCAGCUGUUAAAAGAGCCUUCUCGUCCAUGGUGUUUAUGAUUCGCGAGCUGCAAAGCUUCACGCUGCACAUGAGAGAGCUUCUCCUCUUCGAAGACCUCCAAGGGAUCCUCCUCCGCGUCAGAAAAGAGAUGCAUGCCUCGUUCGUGUGGCUGUUCCAGCAAGUCUUCUCCGCGACUCCGACCUUGAUGGUCUCUGUGAUGAUACUCCUCGCGAACUUCACUGUUUACUCUAUAGGAAGCAGCAACUCCGCUUUAGCCGCCGCCGCCACCACGCCUCCGACGGCCACCACCGUCUCUUUCAGGUUCGACCAGAUGGAGAUAAGUAAGUCACAUGAGAAGUUCGACUCCUCGGCGAUUAAGACAUUUUCUGUUUCUUCUCCCAACGGGAAGACAUCUUUUGUCGGCGGAGGAGGAAGCGGGGGGAACAACGUCCCUCCCGUGCAGAGCGGGACAGACGGAGAUGGCUCUGAUCAGUUCAGAACACCAUCUCAGUUCUCAUCAUCGUCUCUAGGCGCAACUGCGGAUUCAGAGGUCUCUGUGUCGGGACAGGAAGAAAGUAGACUGUGGAACUCGAUCAUGGAGGAGUCUGAGAAGAUGGAAAAGUUGGAUCACGACACGAUGAAGCAGAUGGUUGCUCCCGUGGAGGCACGAGUAGAAGCGGAACAGUCGAUGGAUUACUUCAAGACGGAGCUUCUCUACCAAACGGGUCUGUCUCAGCAGCCUGAUAACGUUCUCCUUCUUGCUAAUUACGCUCAGUUUCUUUACCUAAUCAUACAUGAUUACGACAGAGCGGAGAAGUAUUUCAAGAGAGCGGCAAAAGCAGAGCCAGCGGACGCGGAGGCGCUGAGUAAAUACGCGACCUUCUUGUGGAAGGCAAGGAACGAUAUAUGGAGAGCAGAGGAAACGUUCUUGGAAGCAAUCUCUGCUGAUCCAACGAACUCAUUUUACUCUGCCAACUACGCACAUUUCCUUUGGAACACCGGUGGUGACGAGACGUGUUUCCCUCUCGACGCUCCACCACAACAGAACACAACCUAAAAAAAAGAAGAAAAAGAGUGAUAACAAUUGUCCAAGUGUACAGCGUGUUUCUUUUUAAUACAAUUCAUGUCAUGUGGCAACUUUUUGUUCUGUAAAACAAACAAGACUUUUGUUUAUAUAUAUACGCACAUAUUUCAAAAGUUUGAAAUAUUUUUUUUU